AUGGAGGCAAUCAUCAUACCAGCGCACAAAAAAGGAGACAAGACAAAGUGUGACAAUUAUAGAGGGGUAUCAUUCUUGAACUCCGCGUACAAGGUCUUCUCUGGGAUAUUACUAAAUCGCAUUAUCUCUUAUUCGGAGGAUUGCCUAGGUGAAUACCAAUGCGGUUUCCGGAAAGGCCGUUCAACAACAGAACAAUUAUCCAUAAUAGGUCAAAUAAUUGAAAAAAGUGGAAACCGUAAACAGAGACUAAAACAGAGGGAUACUCUGUCCCCAAUACUAUUCAAUCUGGCCUUAGAGAAGGUAGUAAGAAUACUACAGGACAAUGAAGGUGGUUUAGUAAUCGGUCAGAAUAAGAUACAGCUCCUCGGUUUCGCUGACGAUUUAAAUAUAAUAGGUGAUUCGCUUGCAGACACAGAUAACGCAGCCAGAGUGCUAGAAGAAGCGGCGAAGAAAAUAGGUAUCGAAAUAAACACCGAGAAAACAAAGAUAAUGGAACUAAUUGAAAGUGGGGAGGAUCCCAGCGAGACGGAGAAUCUAGCCUACGAAAAGUUAGCGAUUUUAAAUAUCUGGGACCUUCGAUGGCCACAUGUGGGCAUACUCGCCGCACGAUUCUAA